AAUCAAAUAAAAAACACACUACAACUAAUUGAAGAGCUCUUUUAUUAAACACUAUGGCCUCAUCUAAAAUGUUCUUAGUCGCUUCUCUCCUCAUGGCUCUGAUGUUCUCCUCUAUGAUCACUUCAAGCCGCGCUGCACAACAAUUUACGAAGAAACAAACGUUAAAACCGAAGUAUUUUAGACCGCGUUUCCCUCAAUUUCCGAGACCCGGCUUUCCGAACAAUCCAGCAUUACCCAGUUUUCCUCAGUUCCCAAGACCCGGUUUUCCAACUAAUCCCAUGCCUUUCCCUCAAUUCCCUAGACCCGGUUUUCCGAGCAAUCCUACACCCGAGUUUCCUCAGUUUCCGGGGCAAAGUUUUCCAAAAUUCCCAUUCUCAUCUCCUUUCUCUCAAUAUCCGAAGCCCGCAAUGCCUGGAUCGCCCGUUACGGCCCUCUCUGCUCCCCCUCUCUCCCUGGAACUCCAACUUCCAUCCCUUAAGUUGUCUCCUCCAAACUUAAUGGCAUAUGUGAAGAUUAUCAUCAACAUAAGCUAACUAACUAUAUACUGGUGGCUGUAAGAUUGAUGAGUAUUGACUGUAACAUUAUUCGGUUUUACAAUUUGUAACAUAGCUAUACUAUUGCAAAGUCAUAAAUCUAAUAAAUUGCAUUCAAUUAUGUUGGUGUAUUAAACUUUUCUUAUCUCUGUAAUGCAUGCCUCCGAUCUCACUACAGUGGCAAAAUGAUUAUAUCUUAAAGAAACACCAACCAGUUCAUUGCACAAAUGUGGAAUUUAAACG